AUGGAUGCUUUCACAAAUCUACGAAAAGAUGGGAUCAAACCAAUAAUCAAAAUUUGUGGUAUUCAAACUGAGGAAGCAGCGAAAUGUGCAAUAAAUUCUGGUACAAAUCUAUUGGGAAUAAUUUGUGUUCCGAACCGUAAGAGAACCAUCAUGCCAGAUAUUGCUCGAAGCAUAUCUUCAUUCAUUCAUGAUCAAGAUGAAAAACAAUUACAAUAUUUGGUUGGUGUUUUCCGUAAUCAAAGUAAAGAAGAUGUUUCCAGGAUUGUGGAAGAUUAUGGUAUUGAUAUUGUUCAAUUACAUGGUGAUGAAGAUUGGGAAGAAUAUUAUGAGUUUUUACAAAAACCAAUUAUCAAACGUAUGAUUUUCCCAAGGGAUUGUGAUGAUGUCAUUCAGAUAUGUAAUAGUGAUAAUAAAUUAAGGAAAGUCUUACCAUUAUUUGAUUCUGAAGCUGGUGGGACUGGUGAUAUAUUAGAUUGGAAUGCAAUUUCUCAAUGGGCAAAAAAUGAAAUAGGGAAAGGAAAUAAAGUUGAAUAUAUUCUUACCGGUGGGUUAGUUCCAGAAAAUGUUCAAAAAGCGGUUAGUUUAUCUGGUGUGAUAGGAGCUGAUGUAAGUGGAGGUGUCGAAACUGAUGAAGUUAAAGAUAUGGAAAAGAUUAAGUCAUUUAUUGCAAAUGGGAAACAAUGA